AUGUCUUUGGUCCAGCAUCUCAAUAGAAAACGUCCGAGACCUUUCAGGGGUGAUUCGUCAACUUCCAGUCCCAGAAACUCGUCAACCCCGAUAGUUAAACCAGGGUCCGGCAAUGUUGGCAUCAUUUCUACUACAGGAGCAACCAUUACCACAAAUCCUUUCACAAAGACAACCACCACUGGCUUCACCUCGGUCGAUCCAAUAUGUCUUGAUUCUGAAGAAGAAGCCGGUACCCUGGAUAUUUUCGGCGCCGGAUCGUCGAAUAUCGAUCAUUGCAAUUUCCAAACAUCACGAAAUAAUGCAAAUAAUGCCGGUAAAUUGAAGACGACGGCAGCUGAUUGCUUAAAUAAUAAUAAUGCCUCUCCAGGCAUCAACUAUUUUGAAAAUAAUAAUGGUAAAAGCAAGGAUUACGAUAGUGAUGAUAGUGUGAUCAUUGUUGAUAAAUGGAAAGAUAUUUGCGAUGAUAAAGAUAACCCGUUUUCUAAUGUCCAUGCCAUCAACGAUUUUAUCAAUGAUAGCAGCAGAAAUGAUUCUCUUAGUUAUAAUGAUAGUGGUGCCACCAUGGCGCAUGCCUCGUACCAUUCAGAUUCCAGUUUCAAUUCGAGCAUUUUGCAAGCCGAUGAGGAGUUGUUUCAAAAAACAAAACGAUUUUCUAAAAAUAACGAUGACUCAGAAAGUUCUGGUACCAGGGAUUUAAAUGCUAAUUUCGCAUCGAUUCUUUCGCAUCUUUCUAAGAAAGGUAGAAAAAAUAUCACUACUGGUGAUUUACAAUUACCUCAGAUCUCCUAUGCCAAGACAAGGUACCACCCCGUCACCAAUAAAAACGACAGACUUACAGAUUUGAUUGUACCAUUAAUUCCUGCUCCGGUACAUUUGAAUUCCAAAUCGAUCGAUGAAGAGAAUGGCCAUUUGAAAGUCCAGGCUAAUGAUUAUUAUGCCAAUAAUCGUUUCAAAGUGGUCAAACUUUUAGGACAAGGGACGUUUGGUAAGGUGGUUGAAGCGUUUGAUUGUCAUCAGAAAAAAAAUGUCGCUGUGAAAGUCAUCAAAGCGGUGCCGAAAUAUCGAGAAGCCGCGAAAGUCGAGCUACGAGUUUUGGCAACGUUGCGACAAUUUGACCAACAUAAUCAAAAUGGUUGUAUUCAUUAUAAUGAAAUUUUUGAUUACCGCAACCAUAUUUCUAUUGUCACCGACUUAUUAUCAUUAUCGGUUUAUGAUUUUUUUGAUCAAAACGGUUUUAAAAGUUUCCCCGGAUCACAUAUCCAGUCAUUUGCCAAGCAGUUGAUCAAGAGUUUAGUGUUUUUGCAUGACUUGAAUAUUAUUCACACCGACUUGAAGCCAGAAAAUAUUUUAUUAAUGAACGUUGACGCUUUUUCAGAAGGAUAUUUUGAAAUGAACAAACGGGCCCUACAUAACAAGAGUGAAAAAAGCUCUUCCCGAAAGUACAGCAGCAGUUCUCGGAGAAGUUCGAAAAAGCUCGGGGAUAGUGGUGGACUGGAAAAAGUGGAGUUUCGGCAAAUCUUGAAAGACACCAAGAUCAAUCUUAUUGAUUUUGGGUCGGCGGUUUUCAAUAAUGAAUAUCAUCCGGAAUUAGUAUCGACUAGACAUUAUAGAGCUCCAGAAAUUCUGUUUGGUAUCGGUUGGUCGUACGAAUGUGAUUUAUGGUCGAUUGGCUGUAUAUUGGUGGAAUUAUUGAUUGGUCUGGCGUUGUUCAACACUCAUGACAAUCGGGAGCACUUGUUGAUGAUGGAAAAAGUCACCAACCAAAGGUUAGAUCUUGGGUUGAUUAGAAGUUGUUGUAUUGAAAGUUUUACGGCGCUUGAAAAAUCUCGAGAUCUUCGGAAACCGUAUGAGAAUUAUGGCGAUCAUUACACGAAAAAACCCAAACGAAGAAGUUAUAGCACCAAUGACGUUUACGGGUAUACUCCAAGAGAAGAAAACGGUUAUGGAUCGAUUCCAUCGCGGGUCAGUAACCACAGUGUCAACAAUGAUGUUUAUGAAUUCUUGAAAGAUCGGGGUGAUUCGUAUAUCAGGGUUGAUGCGAACAAGCGAUCUGCUACUCAUGAGGUUAGCAAUUUGACUAUCAAGUUGAAAAAGCCAAAGAUUAAUGUUGGAAGAAGUAAAGCAGUUAGUACCAUAAAUUUCAAGCCAACGGGAGUACCCCGGAUCAGGCAAAGGUUCCCCAAAGAUACUCCUAGCAAAGUGAGGAAAAAUGUUGGAGAAUUGCUACCAAUUGAUGAACUUAUUAGUCAAAAGAUCGGGGUUACCAUUGAUGUCAGUUUACCAUUAGACGAGGCGUAUUUCAAAUAUUGUCUUCAGUUUAGUAACGAAGCCACCGAUAAGAAAUUAUUAAUGAGUUUGAAAGGUUCCAACAUUAUCAAUCCAAUUUCAUUUUCUCAUGGGGUUAGAACUGUUAAUGAUGAUGUCGUCAAUGAGAAGUAUAAAAAUAUCAACAGUAUCUGUGGUGGGUGUGUUAAUAAUGAUUGGAUCAAGGAUUCAGAAGUGUUCAAGGAUCACCAUAGGUUUUUCAUGAAUUUGAAAGAAGAUAUUGAAAAGUCUAGCGAAUCAGAAAAGAAAGUCCGUGAAGAUUUGGAAAAUUUGGUUAUGGAAUCGAUUUAUAAAAGAUCAGUGAGCAAAUCCGGUAAUUCUUACUCGGGGUCAUCACCUUCGCCAUCAUCAUCAUCAUCAUCAUCAUCAUCCGAAGGGUUGAAUUUUGCAGAGAUGAAAAAACUUCAACUUAAAUACCCAGACAGAUUAGCGGGGAGAACGGAAUUACAUAUUAAUGGUCAAUCGAUCAAAGUGGCGAAAAUUUCUGGGCCAAUUGAUAAAGCAACGUUCAAGUUUUGGUAUCAUUUUGUUGAUUUAUUGAAGAAGUUAUUCGUUUUCAAUCCCUAUGAACGGUUGACGGCCCAUGAGGCAUUGACUCAUGAAUGGUUCAAUUGUGGGAUUUAUGAUGAUGGCACAUUGGACUUUCAAAGUCAGGAAAGUCGAUGA